UAUAACAAAGCAAACUGAACUACGACUGUUUUAGGCCGUAGUUGAUUUCGUGCUUUCUUCGAUUGAACUUUAAUGGCGCCCGUGGACAUUGAGCGGUGCUAGUGAAUCCGUUUGUGUUCAAACCUCGGAAAGUUUCAAGGAUUUUGUUAGGCAAAACUAUGAUGAACCAUUUAAGAGGUACCAGAUUGCUGUUAGAUUUGGUUUGUUUGUGCCGAUUUGCAUAAAUGCCAGUUCCAAAACAAAUAAAGUUGAUGAUGAAUAGUUUGAAAAGUGCUGAGUUGAUUAGAGAGCUGAAAGCUGAGACUGAAAAGCUUGUUGAAACAAACAGUAUGGUUAUGAGGCCAGAGAGUGACUUACAUGACAUUGUUAAUCUGGAUGGUGGCUACAAUUAUGAUAGUAAAUUGAAUAAUUUGUCAUCUCUGAGGCGAAAUGUUAUUCCAUACCCGGAUCAUAAUUAUGGUCAGCAACCACCUUUGACCCCACCGGAGCAAGCAAGUCCAGAUCCAAAUGAACAGACUGACACAGGAAAUGAAGAUGAGGAUGAGGAAGGUGUAACAAGAUGUAUCUGUGGUUUUGCACAUGAUGAUGGAUAUAUGAUUUGUUGUGAUCGUUGCGGGUCGUGGCAGCACAUUGACUGCAUGGGUAUCAAAUCUGAUAGUGUGCCAGAGACAUACCAUUGCGAUCGCUGCGAACCAAGGCAGCUGGAUGUGGAAAGGGCAAGAGCAAUUCAACAGAGAAAAAAGGAUACGUUGACAGAUGACGACGGGGACGAAGACACAGACACUGAUGAGGAGUCGGGUCAGACUUACACAGCUGUGUCCAACACCCCAACAAGAAUUACACUGACAGCAACCCCCGUGAUCAAAAAGAGAGGCAAAAACCGCCUUAAAAGCACGGACAAUUCACAGAUACUAAAGUGGCUUCAGCAAUCUGACAAUCAAUAUCAACCAAUCAACAAGCGUAGCUCGGAAGGAAAUACUAAGCAACGAAAGAGGGUGAACAGAAAGCGCCAAAGAACUUCGACGGGGCAGAUGAACGAGACGACCCUGCAAAUUGAUAGCAAUUCUCUUGAAAGCCACAGUGGAUUUGAAAAUUUUCAAGAAAUCGAAGAAAAUAUCUAUGAUCCAGCAAUCAAGAGCCUAGGAUUAGAAAACACGGAGGAAACUUCUGAUCAUAAUAUUUCAAAGAAGUUGUUUAUGGUUGCCGAUGUAGUCGAAAACCGGAAGGGUUUAGUGGCGAUUGAGGCUAUCAAAGUAGGACAGAUCAUAACAGAGUAUAAGGGCAAAAUGCUCCCGAAAGCGAUGUACGAGGAAUCAAACCCGUUCUUUAAACGAUCAUGCCCAUUUUUACUCCAUUACAAUAAGAUUGACGAGUUGGAGCUUGUCGUCGAUGCGAGGACAGUUGGAAAUGAGGCCCGCUAUAUUAGGAGGUCAUGUGCCCCCAACUCCGAUGUCACCCACGUUGUCAAGGACGGCAAUCUGCACAUAUUGGUGCAAAGCAAGCAACCCCUUGUCAUGGGAACUGAAAUCACGAUUCCUUUCGACUACCCCCUGGAAACCUACACUGGAUACUUGAAUUGUGCUUGUAAAGAACCGACUUGUCUGGUCCUUAAACACAACCAAAGGUAUCUACCGCAAUCCGGUCGGAAGCGAUCUAGAUACUCAGUUCCGGAUGCAACUUCUUCUACGCGAAAUUCCGCUUCGGAAAAUCAGGGUGAAACUGAUUCAGACGAGAAUGAAUUGGAUGUUGGUCGCCCUAUGAGCCGAAGGAAGAAGCUGUCAAGAGAGGAAAGAAAACUUCAGGCCUACUUGAAGCAAAUCGAAAAGAUGGAGAAAAAGGAGAAGAGAGUGAAGGACCCCAAAGCCCCUCAAAGACCUGGUUUAAUCCAAGAUCAAAUUCAAACUCAAGGAUCUCUUCUAACCAAGUCUUUACAGUCAUUUGAAACCAAUUCUUCGCCGAACCAGGCUAUAUCCAUGCCCAGACGCAUCACAGCUUGCACACCAGGCUCUGGCAAGAAAAGAAUCAAUAUUAAUAAAAAACGACCAAGAAUAUCAAGUUGUUCUUCAGACCCCCUAUCACCAGAAUUAAUCAAUUGCAGCCUCACAUCAACCACAACUACCCCUGUGCAAGAGCAAGCAACUCAUACACAAAUUUUGGACCAAAAUGGCCAUAUUAAACAAAAGACUAGAAAGGAUCGAGUAAGAGUCUUAUAUAUCCCUUUUAAUUUCUACUUGGUGUCUUUCUGUGCCUGCACACGAAGAAGCAUUUCGCAACCAAAAUGCUCUUCAAAGACAGCAAAACUGAUCUGGAUCCCUAGCAAUGGAGAUCAGCCUCAUAUUUUUUCCAGUGAAUAUAUUUUGUCAAUAUAUUCUGUCAACUUCAAAUGUUGAGAAUUAAUUAAUUCUAUUAAUCUUGUU